GGUCAAUUUCUUAUUCUUACUUCUUAUGAACAUACUCCUACUGCCUACUGUAAACUAUACUUUCGCUGUUCGCACAUGGACUCGCGUAUUAUUCCUCGAAUCUGUUAAAGCCGUUUAUACUUUCGCGACAUCGAUUAAAUUAGAGAAAUGAAUAUUGAUCUUGACGAUGUAAAAUGAAAGAGAGACAUGCUCGUUAAUCUCACCUUUGGAACGUAAUUUUCUUUCGAAAAAAAAAAAUUACAUUUUUGUGGAUUUUUCGGAUACCGUAUAACCGUUUGCCAUAGAUAAGUCGCAAAACACUAUAUAUUAAUAAUUGUAGGUUGUAAACUAUAGAUUAAUAAUUGUUUCCGCAGGUGUAAUAGUUGGAUUUAUCUAGAGAAUACUUCAAGUUACAAUUGUAAAGAUUCCUAAAGAACUUUGGAGACUUUAUAUAUUGGUCGAAACAUGGCUUUAGAGAAAAUCAAAUCUAUGCAGGCAGAGGCUAAAAGCAAGAAGAAAAAUGGCAAACUUGGGAAAGAGAAGCCUCCUAGAAGAAAUACAAAUAAUAUAAUUAAUCCUGACUUAUCAAACUUGCGUAAACCAACUGAUACAAGUGUAUCUACUUUGUAUCACAUCAGCAAGCUGCUUGAGAAUAGUACAGAGGAGGUCAAAUCCAUAUUAUCCUAUGAAUGUGAUAUUAUUUAUGAAUGUCGUAUUUGUCGCAGCUUAUUUAGAAGCAUUGUGAAUUUAAUAUCACAUAAAAGAGAAUACUGUAGAGAAAAGUUCGAUAUUACAAUUCAUGGAAACAUGUGGGGUGAUUUUAAUACGAUAUCUGCUAUUGGCUCAGUAAUCCAUACAUAUCAGACAGAACAAACAAUGAUUAAAAACAAUCUUACAAAUGACAGAAUACUUAGAAGCCAAGUACCCAAAGAAACACGUAAAAAAGAUCUCAGUGCAGUAAUAGAUACGCUUAUUAAAAAGCAAGAAGAAAAAAUAUUAAAUAACUUUUCUAGUGAAUCAAAACUUGAAAGCAACAUCAUUGGUGCUUCGAAUAAUCAACAUAUUUAUUUGAAAGCUAUAAGUACAAAUGAUUCUGCAGUGUAUCAAGAAAUCAAAUCAUCAAACACAGUAGCUGGCGUUACCGACUUAUUAGCAAAAGAAGUAGUGGAUCUCCAAAAUAAUAAUAGUACUAUAUUAGAAGGAUAUGUAUAUGAAAAUCAAUUAGAAAAGAAUGAUGAUCCUAUUCAAGCUGAUAUAAGUGAAGAUGAUAAAUCAUCACCAGAUAGUUUGGUCUGCACUAAAUGUAAUGCUAAGUUUUCAACGAAGAAAAUGUUAACUUUCCACGUGAAAACGAUGCAUACAUCUCAGCGCGUGUGUUAUACCUGUCCUUGCUGCACGAAUACGUUUGCAAGUACGUGGAGUGUUCACCUACAUUUGUUCAAAGUUCAUAAGAUGAAUACCGAACAAGUACGUAAGUUAAGACGGCAAAUUCAAGAGAUAAAACUCGACAGAGAAGCAACCGCGAUGCAGGGUUUAAAGAACGAAAAGCGUCGCGCAAACAAGGUAUCCGCUUUGAAAAAACCGAAGCAUAAUAACGUUCUCGGAAGUGCUCUCGAUAUAACACAGGAGAUAUUCCUCCCGGAAUCCGAUGUGAAAGACUGGAGUUGUAACCAAUGUGGGGAAAAGUUUAAUACAGAAGUAGUUUUGUCCGCUCAUUCGAUGCAUUGCCUAGCAUCGAUCGCUACGUCGUGCAACGAAGUUACAACUAAAAUCAUCCAGUCUGAUGGAGCUUCAUCGGACUUAGUACUUAACAAUAAUACAUUGCGUGAGUUGAGAGACACCGAUGCAGCGACCGACAUGAAUGUCAAGUCGACUACCGCGAAAGAUACAUCGAAUGCUAACUCCGAAUGUAUGUCAUCAUCGUCUUCCGAAAUAAUCGGCGAGUGUCACGAAACAACCAUUUGUAUUCAAGAUAUUUCUACUCUCAGCAAAGAAGGAUGGGAUACGUUAGAGUGCCAUAGUAAAGAUUCGCUUGAACGCAAUUCCGCAGCUAAUAAUAACGUUCUUGCAACAGUCGCAUCGUCGGCGAACCGUCAGAAUACCGAUGAUAGUGAGGUACUGACCAUUAAGCCCAAUGAUAAUUCACAGUCUCCCGAAAUUAUACACCAAGAUACAAGCGAAACUAGCUCUGCGGAUUUAGAGAUCAUACGCGAGAAAGGUAGUACGCUGAGUCGCAGCAAUAAAAAGCGGACGAUUGUUUCGAAAAACAAGUUUAUCAUCGAAUUGCAGCAGGACGGUUCUAAAUUGCAGCCUUCGCGCUCGACACGGCGGAAUGGAACCAAGCAGGCUUUGUCAAUUGAGAGUAAGAUAGCUGCGAUCACUAAUGUGCACAAACUACAGUGCCUUUUGUGUAAACGAAAGUUCCCGUCGAUGACUAAUUUACGCAGACAUUUGGCGAUUCAUCUCAAGUGGUAUCGAUAUCGCUGCAAGCUGUGCGAUUUCAAGUACUUCCUCAAGUGCGGUUGCGUCGCGCACUACAACAAGAUGCACAACGCGCAAAAUAAUCGCGCCUUCACAGCGGAAGUAGUGGUCAAGAUUCCGCAGAAUAAAUAUAGGUGCAACGAAGAUGUCGUCACGGACGUGACGAACAUGAAGAAGGAGUUAAGUAAGCCGGAUAUCGCGGAGAGAACCGCGUCGUCCUUCCGGCCGGAUCUAUGCGAAGACUCGGGCGCUUCGAGCGAUGCUAAUACGAGCGUCGCUGUACAAAGUGAGGAAGUUACCACGACGAAGGAGCGAGUCGCGGAGUCGCACGAGAAUGACUCGAUAGUUCAACGUGAAAAUGUCCCUACAGGGGAUACCAAUGAAACUACGGUGAUCUGUACGAAUCUGGAGGAAUACAUGGCGAAUCGUACGAGAAAAUUAAACAUUCAUCCUGAUCUCAAGCGGAUCGUAAUGGAGAUGAUACUUGGUUCGAGUGACACGGACGACACGGCCAAACAGGCAGAUUCGGAGAAGAGGGUGCCAGAAGAGGAAAAGGGACCCAGUGACAAAGCAGGAAGAGAUAUGCACGCAAAUGACAAUGAAAAUAGCAAUGCAUCUACUGACAAUAGCAGGGUAACAUGUUCGUUAACAGAUGAUUCGAAGCCUCAACGUCCUAUGCGCAAACGGAUAAAGCCUUUGAGCGAGGAUUUCAUAUACGACUUGAAGGAUAUUCCGGAAAGACCAGUUCGGAAGGGUCCUUACAAAGGCUCGUCAUUUCAACUCGGCAAAUCAGCGGCGAAGCAUCAUUCGUGCAACUCUGAUAGCUUGACGAACACACGAAAGAAAGCUAAAUUGUUCAAAGCGGUUCACUCUAACUGAUGAUUAUUAUUUAGUAAUAAUGAGUCGUCUAGUUACUUUCAAAAAUGCAAAAAGUGUAAUAACUAAGACUACAUAUCAGCUAUUUGACAGUUUAAUCUAAAAAAUAAGAAAAAAAAUAGAAGUGUUUAUUUGUUGGGAAAAUUGUGAAGAUCAGUAAGUGUAUGUAAAUUAAUUUUUAUAGAAAUAAAAUAAUUUUGAUUAAACGGCAUAUUAACGGGUGAUUUGAGCGUGAAAUGUAAUAAUUGAUGUAAAGCAAUAUUGCAUUCCCGGAAAAAAAUUUCUAUUAUGUAUGUAUGUAUGUAUGUAUAUAUGCAUAU